UGAACAGGAACCAGUUGGCUAAGCAUAAAUAACUGGUUUUUAAUUUGGGAAAAUGGUGGAUUAUUCUUUUGUGCGACGUCUUGAGUAUUAAAAAAUAUUAAAAAGAUGUACGGUCGCAUGCAUAGGAGCGUCAGUGAGCCCUCCGUGGGCACGGUGGGCAACACUACAAUAGGGACAAACGCAACUGGAACCAGUGGUAACGACCAUUUCUCUAAUUUAAAGGCAAGGAAAGAUAAAAGUAGGGGCAAGUUCUUAUGGGAGGGGAAGUUGGGAGUGAUCACGAACUUCAUUUUGAUGACCGUUUGGAGUACACGCUUUCAGGCUCUAGUCCUAGUAGUAGUGGUAUACAAGUUUGUGAUGCACCUACUCCUUGCAUAUUACAUCGAGAACGAAUUCAGAUUGUUCCUGGAGGUAUCUUUGAUAGUAACUGAAGUAGUUUACAUCGUCGAUGUGAUAGUGCAUAUCCUGCAUGCGGCUUGGCCUCUUGUGCGUUUACACAUCAGAGUUUUUAGAAGGAACUUGCUCUUUCUGGCCUACGAUGUUCUGUCAAUGUUCCCGAUGACUUUGUUAUUUAAAAAUAAACCAGGCUGUGAAAAAUACGCAAUAGUUGGAAGAUGGUUGGAAAUCGCACGAAUUUACAGAUUGAUACAGUUCUUUCAAGAUAUAAACGGUCAAAUGCGGACCUCUCGGAAGUUUCUGUUUUUCUCUGAGCAAUUGAUAGCCGCUACACUGAUGCUGCACGCUGGCACAUGUUUAUGGUAUACGCAGAAUAAGUUACCUGCCUUGCAACAUCCGUGGCAUAAUAUUGGAUACCCUUCACAUGUCCACGCUCGGAGCUUGAAGUUCGAUAGUUACAGAACUUGCUGGUACUACUGUACUUGCCGGUUUUUUAAUGUCGUUUUUGGAGAUUCGUUCCCUUUGCUUGUUUCACAAAAAUGGUUGACAUCAUGCCUGACGCUAUCUGGCUAUGUGUUCUUCCGAUAUCGUUUCAUUGGCACCCUUGCCUGGGAGUUAGUCAUCGAAAAUACUAGAAGAGCUAAUUUCGUUGAUAGAUACCACCACAUGAUAAAUUAUCUAAGGAUAAGUAGAGCACCGGAAUGCUUAAUAGAUCAAUGCAAAAACUACAAACUUCAAUUGUGGGAGAUGAAAGACGGAAUACUGAGGUCGGACCAACUAAACAAACUACCCUUACCGCUACAGAUGGAACUAAUCUUUGACAUCAACGUCGGGAAUUUCCAUAACUCAAUGCUAUUUAGGGAUACCAAGGAAUCGUUUAUGCGACAGAUAUCGUUGCUCAUGAGACACGAGUUGUAUUUGGAAGGGCAGCAUAUUUGGAGUCAGGGUGUUGUGAAAAGCGGUAUGAUUUGCAUUAAACGUGGCGUCAUUGAAAUGCUUUCGGAUGAAGACGACGAGAGCCCUAUGAUUGCAUUUAAAGCUGGGACUGUACUUGGAGAGCUCAGUCUAUUCUACUCAAUACCUUCGAAAGUAACCGUCAAAGCGGCCACUUACGUCGAAGUACAGGUUUUACGCCGGACAGAUUUUAUGCGAGUGAUAUCUGAGCACCCGACCAUGUUUGAAGUUAUACGAAAUAAAAUAAGCACUAGGCUAAAGACCGCGCGGCGUAAGCAGGAAGCAAUAGAGGAGUACGAUAGAGGCGACUCGAGACUAAUCCGGACCAGGUACCGGCCCAUGAAAGUACUUAAAGACAAUUUGGCGGGCGUCGAAGAAGAGGACCCUACUUUUGUAGACGACUCUCACAUGUACUAUAGAGACGAGAACAACGUUCGUCAGCCUAAGUUCACAACGGAAUACUUGGAGCUGUACCAGUUGUCAGCCAACGUUACCACUAUCGAUGCACCGCAUAUUUGUCUCAGAUCAAACUUCCCCUGGAUUCUGAAGCCUAACACAGACUUUACUCAUAUGUUCGACAUAGUGCACUUUGUGAUGGUGGUAUACGUGUGCUUCAUGGCUCCCUACUCGGCACUGCAGAACCACCACUCUGAUACGGAAAAGGUUCUAACCACUAUUGUGGUCGCUGGCUUACUGCUAAACAUUUAUAUACAGCUUACCACUGCUACGGUUGAAAAGAAUAUACGAAAAGAGACGGUCAAGGAGAUAGCAGAAGUAAAAAUGGCUACCUUCGGGUUUUACCUGGAUGUAAUAUCUGUGUUUCCUGUUUCCAUAUUUACUGAUACCCUAGACCCUCAAGGGGAGACGGUAGCUGGUCAGAUAGCGAUGCUGUUCCCUAUUCUACAGGUCUGGCAUAUAUGGGAUUAUCUCGAUAAAUGGGCUAAGAAUUUUAAUAGUCAUGUCAAGUUCAUCGUCCUGACAAAGUUUUGUACGAUUUUUAUUAUAUUUUGUUACUGGUCUGGAUGUUUUCUGUACCUAUAUGCAUGUCCAAGGAAAUUGUGCCGUGAGAAUUCAUGGAUGGCUCAGCUGAUAUACUGGGAGACGAAAGUUUUUAUGUCUGUGGAAGCGCGCCACGAAACCCCCAUGAAGACUGCUUUCGUUUUCGGUACAACCGUGUUCACUGGGUCUGGAUCUUCGGAAAUAGCGCCCGGAGACAUCGACUUGAUUGUCGUUAUUGCCCUCUUCGCGUUGGGAUCGUACUUAAGUUGUUUCUACACGGCGAGAAUCUGCAGCCACUACCUACUAGCAACACAAAGGAGGCUGAAGUUCAAGGAAUCCAUGAGGGAGUUGUUUUAUUUCCUCUCUGUGAAUCACGUUAGUUCAAAAAUCAAGGCCCGAGUGAAAAAGUUCUUCUGCGUUCAAUGGUACUACAAUAACGCUGUAUCUACGGAGGAAUUAUUUAAAGAUAUGUCCACGAAUAUACAACAAGAAGUGCUCUCUAUUGAAAUGGUCGAGACUUUAUUAGUGUGCCCGUUGUUUCAGGUACACAAUCGGGACUUCCUCCAGACCGUGGCUAGUAAUACGAGAAAACUGGUGUUACCUGAUAACGAGGUGGUUCAACAUGCAGCUGAUAUAGGACGGGAUAUGUAUAUCUUGCAAAAGGGCCACUGCAACUUGUUGAAUAAUCUUGGAAAAAGACAAGCGACCAUUGGACCGAAUAGUCAUUUUGGUGUUGUAGAAAUGCUUUUUGGUUUGCCUAAAGUAUACACAGUGGUGACGUCAACAAACUGCAUAUUACUGCAUGUGGAGUACAGCGCGCUGGUGCAGUGCUGGGGCACGUUCCCGGACAUUAGUCACCCCAUUAUAACGGUACUAGAAAACCACGAACUUAAAUCGAAGGCAGCAGAAUACGAAGACGCGAAACCUCUAAUUGGUCGACUGGACGUGAAGACAAACAGAAUCGCUCAAGAGAUAAAGGAAAGUUUCGUGGUGCUCACCACCAGAGAACAGCGAGGCCAUUACGUGAAGACCUUCGACAAGUUAGGGGUAUUGAGACAUAUACGGUACAUAUUCAUGCCGGGAUGCAUUACUCCCCACGGCAUGUUCCUGAAGGUCUGGUGCGCCGUACGUUUUGCACUCGCCGUGUUCUACAUAUUCGGAGUGCCGUACGAUAUUGCUACGAAGCAACACAAGCACGGCGGUCUGUACAACUGGUCGGACGUAGUUCUAUACAUCGAUAUAUUCAUAAUGGCGUACGUGGCAUACUAUAAUGAUAAGUCUCUGCUUGUUACACAUCCAUUACUUACCGUCACGAGAUACUUGAAGCACGCGUUCUUAUUGGAUUUCAUUAGUGUAUUCCCUUUUGAAGAAGUGUUUAGGAUAGUAAAUGAUAACACAGAUAUGGAUCUAUAUCGACUGAACAGAAUGCUUUUGGUGACGAGAAUAACAGGUGCCUUUUCAUACUGGGCAAGUGACAUAAUGCGACUAAACCCCGCCGUAGUCCUACUGAAGUUCCUACCUAUAGCGGUGACCCUUGUGAACUUUGCAACUGCGUUUAUAUUUGUGAAUGCCUGCGAACCCUACUGGCCAGAACAUUCACACUACAUACUUGUUAAUUGUUCGAAGAUAUUAAUCAUCUCCAGUAAUAGAUAUGAAACUAGAUAUGCAAUCACCGAAUAUGUAUACACGUUUUACUGGGUUUACGAAGUCUUCGUCGGUCUGGGCUGCACUCCCGUAGGCAUGACUAACUCCGUGGACCUGUGGCUCGUGAUGUGCUUGCAAAUCACCGGCUUCCUAUAUUUCGCUUUCAUGUUUGGAUAUGUGGCUUCCACGCGAUCGGCCGCCGCGCACGCUUUGUUGGAACAUAAUGAAAAAACAAGGGAUCUGACCAACUUUCUGUACCAAGAGAACGUCGACCCUAUGCUCACGGCGAAAACGUUGAAAUAUUUCGAAUAUGUGUGGAAGAGAACGAACGGCAGCAACCCACAGAAAAUCUGUCGCUGUCUCAACUCGGCACUAAUGGAAGACACACUGGUGUUCAUGUAUGAGAAGGCUCUCCGUGAGGUCCCACUCUUCGGGAAGGUGGAGCGCUCCUUCAUCAGGGUCAUCACGCAGCAUCUGCAUGAGAUGUACCUGUUGAAGGGAGAUACCGUCAUACAGUGCAGGGAUAUACAACCACAUAUCUAUAUUAUAUACAGAGGAAAGGUAGACGUAUUAACAUCGUACAAUGAGAUGAUUACUUGUAUGGGUCCGGGUGGAAUGUUCGGAAACUUUACGGGCCAACCAAUAUCGUGUUCGGAAGUGACGAUUUAUGCGAGUCGGAGUCUCGACUUAUUAACUAUACCAAGUGUGACUUUCUUCAACUUGGUGAAAUACUAUCCUAAAAUACAAGAACCUUUGAACAAGGCAUUCGAAAUGUCUAGAGAUUAUAUUUUGCCUAUAAAUAUGGAGAUGAAUGAUGAUGAUGAUUCUUCUGAAGAGGAUUCGACGUACGAUUUGACAUCAUUAGAGUCUGGUGCGGAUUCUAAGAGUGGAUCUAGUCGGUUUGAUUUGUCAGGGACUCUUGCAAUGAGCACGUCACAAUCGAACGUAAGCCAAUCGAAGUCGUCGGCCAGUGUCGGCACGUAUCACAGCUAUUCGCACGCUUCGAAUCUGCUGCGGCCCGGCACUCUCAUGUUUCAGAGUUUCGGCUAUGUAACCUGUACGAUGGUAACUAUACACUACCUGGUAGGUCUGUACGACCUGGUGACCCUAAAUGACUGCUACCUCCUGUUCUGGGUUUACGCGGCCUUGGAUAUUUACUUCUACACAAAGAUAUAUCUGGCUAUGCAUCAGGGUUAUGUCAGCAAGCAUGGAGAGCUCAUCAUGGACGGACCCAAAUGUCGGCGCAGAUAUUUCAAACAUAAAAUCUGGCUUUGGAGUGACAUAUUGGUUAACUUCCCUACGGAAUUCCUCGGUUUCUGUUUUCCUGAAUCCGUGCGUGUGAUUCAUUACCUCCGCGCUAUAAAACUCUUUCGACUGAAGUAUUUAUUCGAAUUCUAUCGCAACACAUCGCGAGAGCUGACAAACAAUCUAACAACAUUACAGGCGGCGAUGACUAUAAUGGUAGUAGCACUUAUGAUCCACACCUUCACUUGCGUGUGGCUCCUGGCUAUGAUAGGCACGUCGCCCAUCAGCGUCAUACGAACACUCAAGAUACAUAUACUUGACGAAGAGAUGCCCCAACUCCGUUGGGAUUACGUCACAUCGUUCUACAUGGUGGUCUCUCAGCUGACCACGACUGGCAGUGACGAGUUCGUUAUCGACGAGAUUCUCCCGAUGUCCAUCCUAGCCGUCAUUCUCGUUUGCGGGAAAAUGUUAGCAUCUAUAGUAGUUGCAGCUUCGAUACAAUUGGCCUAUUCCACGAAAUAUGCUCUGACGGCGUAUGAAAAGGUUACGAAGGAGCUGAUUGAUAUGCUGAAGAAUCAGGGAUUGUCGAGUUAUCAGUUAAAGAAGUUUUGGAAAUACAUUCAACAGCUUUGGGUUACUGAGCGCGGUCGUCAGCUACCAGUCCUAUUAUCCCAAACCCCAUACGUGAGGCGGUGCGACCUGAUGUCGGCCAUGUUUGGUCACCAUUUGAGGAACUGCUACAUAUUUGCUGAAACCGGGGAGUCCUUCUUACGGCAGCUGACUGUGGCACUUGACUACACUAUAUUCUUUCCCGGUAACUACAUAGUGGUGGCUGGUGACAGCGACGCCCGCAUGUACUGGGUGGCUUCAGGCACCGUCUCUGUGGUGUCAGUGCGGGCGGACCUGACUGAGAUUACACAUGAGCUGCUUGUAGCUGGUGACGUGUUUGGGAUACUACAGGGCAUGAACCGAGGAAUCACGCAUUGCUUCUCGUAUAGAGCUGAAACUAAGGUAAGUAUUCUAACACUGAGCCUGGACUCAUGGAUCAACAUUCUACCAUUUUUCCCUGAAGCCAAGAAGCUGAUAAUGGACCGAUCUGAAAUAUUAUUUACACAGAUUUAAUUUUAUGUAGAGUAGUUAUGUGUUAAUUAGUUUUAUGAAAUAUACGUUUGACUUAGUAGUUUUAAAGUCAGUUGUAUAUGUUUUAGCAUCAUUCUCUAAAAUAACCAAUAGUUUUUGAACUGAACCAAUAAAAUUCUCGACGAUCCGAACGUAUAAACUUGCACUGAAGGUAUUUUUAAUUGCUACAAAUGGUUUAAAUGUUGCUAGUCUGGUCUACAAAUAGAAACCAACCACUUUUAGUGGUCGUCGUAAGCUGCCUUCUACAUUAUUCAAAGAAACGGUGCGGGCUUUGAGAGGUGUCUAUGAAUUUUAACAUAAAUUCUCAUUGAAAUUGCCUGUUGUUUUACCCAUAAUACUAGUAUAAUCGGUCUAUUGUAU